AUGGCUACAUUUGGAGGAGAUGAAGUUUCAGCUCUUAUUUUAGAUGCUGGUUCUUGUUGGACUCGUGCUGGUUAUGCAGGUGAAGAUGCACCAAAAGCAAUAUUUCCAACCUCUUAUGGUUACAUUCCAGAACCUGAAGUUGGGACAUAUACCAAUGUUCCACCACCAAAUCCAAGUAGUGUAUGUAUGCCACCUGUUAACAAUAUUCCUAGACUUGAGGUACAAGUCAACAAACCAGAAGCUCAUCAAAUAGUCAAGAUAAUACACCGUAUGGUUGAAAGAGUUGUAAAAUAUGGACCACCAUUUGAAGCUAUAAUUAUGGAUCGUGAAUGGAGUAAUCCAAAAUUUUCAUUUUUAUUCCAAAAUGAUUCACCAGAGCAUGUGUAUUACAGAUGGAAAUUAUAUUCAAUCCUUCAAGGAGAUCAAAAAAAUAGGUGGAAUACUGAAGCUUUUCAUAUGUUUGAUGAAGGUCCUAUAUGGGUUCCUCCAGAAAUUCCAUUUGAUGAAGUUGCAGCUGAUGAAACAUUAGAUUCUGAUGAAGCUGAUGAGCGUGAAAGAGAACGUAUACCAAAAGGUACACUUGGUCCUAAAGCUAAACACAGAUUAGAAGCAAUGCUUCGAAAGUUAACAUUUAAUCGAGGUGCUAUAGCAAAAACUAUGGCAUUUUCUAUUGAUCAUUCAGAUGCUGCUGAUGAGAAAUUAUCUUUAAAACACUUACCAUCAAAGAAACACCAAUUUCAACAAAAGUUGCAAGAUUAUACUUGGUAUCAGACAAUUUUUUAA